AUGCUGGUGACAUAUUUGGAAGCCAGCCGGGACCUUUGCGAGACGGACUCGAUUCUUUUUGGCGCCGCACUGGCAGUUUGCCGUAUUAUUGGCGCCAAACUUCUCAUGGCUGGACGCGCUACUACACAAAGUAACGCCAUCCCAGCCUGGAGGAAAAGAAUCGAGGACCGUAUCGCAAAGGCAAGGGCCCUUAUCGGCAGACUGACAAGCUUCAGGUCGGGUAAUAAUAGACCGAGGAUUAUGCGCACCGUUAGGAUGGCGUUUGCUGGGACAAAUAUCAGUUUGUCCCAGCCGGAUAUCACGCAGAAACUAACGGAGCGCAUAGAUGACCUGAAGCAAAAGAUCGCUGCUUGGGGGAAGCGGAUUCGACGAUUUUCCGAGGGGUCAAGGCGGUUCAACCAGAAUCGUCUCUUCCAGAGUGAUCAGAAGAGGCUCUAUAAAUUAUUGGAGCGACCAAAGGUAUGUGUAGCGGGCCAAGGACCGGAUCAGGCUGACACUAUCGCAUUCUGGCGUGGCCUGUGGUCAGAGCCCGUAAACCACAACGAGGGCCCUUGGAUGGAAGUUGUGGCGAGCCAGGGUGCGAGUGUUACGCCCAUGGACCCCGUCACCAUAACGCCAGAAGACGUGGCUGAGGCGGGCAAAGGCAAGUAUCUGUUGACUGUAAACCACAAGAGUGUACUGUUAGUUGUAUAUCGUUAA